AUGAGGCUGGUGCCCGGGUCGCCUCGGCCCCUCCCCCUUCUGGCGGUGGGCCUGGCUCUAGCCCUCACAGCUCUCUUACCUCACCUGGCCAUGGGAGCCACACCCUUCCCCCAGGACCUGGAGCCAAUCAGCAUUGUGGGAAGAGAACGUGAGUGCAAGCCCGUCAUGAUGCAAUGUUGGUCCUUAGUUCAGGGAGGCUUGAAGUUCUGAUAUACCGUUAAAGGGCAGCAUCUUGUCAGUUGUAUGUACACAUAUUUUGUCAGUCUUCUUACAGAUCUAUGUCAAUAAUAGGAUGACUUCUUCUAAUACAUAAUUACCACUAUCGAAAUAAAAUAGCUAUACACUUGACUUCAGCUAUAUGACAUAAUACAGCAUCUGAUUGGGUACCUGUUGCCUCCCCUUGGGCAUCCCAUCAGUGGCACCUAAUCAAUAGGAGGUGUGGUGAGGAGGUCCUGGCGGUUACAGUCGCCAGCCCCAUUAAUUUAUUUAAGAGGUGACUGAGACCGAGGCCUGGCGCUUUAAUUGAUCUAUCUGGAGGAGUGUAACAUGGCCAUUAGCAUAAAUAGCCAUGCUAAUAGUUCUAUAUGUGGAGCCCAUCUCAGGUGUAAUGAGGGCCAUUUGUCAGCAGGUCUGUAGGUGACAGGGCGUCAGAACCCCUCACAACUCCCCAGGAUGUCCAUUAUGUAUGGUAAUACAUCCAGUGCCCAGCUCCAUCGCCGGAAUCAUCUCCCUCGCCGAGGCUAAUUGGAGGAACUGUGUUAGAGGUUUCCGUGGCAAUGCGGCGCCCAAAACUUUAAAGGAAGUGAAAGUGCUGAGGAGUAAUAAAAGGGCUGAGUGGUCGCUAGGGGGAACUUAUCCCUCUCCCUUUCUGCCCCACAGCGAAUCACUGCUCUGCUUGACUCAGUCCAAUCGCCCCUGAGUUAAAAUCUUUAAACAGUCGAGUCGGAUUUGCUUGGUUGGGGGAAAGAUGUUUCCUCCGAGGAGAUUGUAAUUUCAGAUAGUGCCCCAUUUUAGAGGUCUUCUAAUUCAGCUACACCUGCCAAGUUGGACGGGAGGGCCUAAGCCAGGGGUGUCAAACUCAUUUGUGUUAUAUUUCCUAUCCGUAAAAAUAUGCAAAAAUGAGUCUAUCCAUAGUUUUUUAAAUUUUCGAUGCUCCAUGACUGUCUAGUGAUUAUUACCGAGCUGGACAGACAAGAAAGUGUAUGGAUGUAGGUCUAUUGACUGCAGUGAUUAUUAGAGAGCUGGACAGUCAAGAAACUGUAUGAAUAUAGGUCCAUUAUCAUUUGUAUACAGUUAGUUUGGAUUUGUUUUUAGUAAUUUCAAAGUAUAUUGAGUUUGUUUCACCCCCAACCCCCCUUCCCCCCAAUUCAAACCAACCACGGGCCGGAUUGGACCCCCUCCGACCCACGGGCCAUAUGUUUGAUACCCCUGGCCUGAGCAGUUAAUGCAGCACUAUGGGAGAGACGAUGGUCUAGAGGCCAGCCUCGACGGGUUGAUUUUGUUGCAGUGUUUUUGUUUUGUCUAGAUCUUGUGAUAAACUUAGGGUCUAGAGAUGCUUCCCGCUCCCCCAUCUAAAGUUAUACAAUUAAGUGUAUUAUCUCUAGCAGCACAGCAUGGAGUCAUGGGAUAGCGUACAAUAACAACCAGCUGACAGUUAGAACAAAUUGCAAUCUGGGCAUCUGCAGCAAAUGUGGGGCAAAGGAAAAAACUUUUUUUUUAAGAAACUGAGAAAGCAUACUGCAAUCAGAGGGUUAUAUCAAGUCAACCACCUACAGUGGGGAAAAAAAGUAUUUAGUCAGCCACCAAUUGUGCAAGUUCUCCCACUUAAAAAGAUGAGAGAGGCCUUUAAUUUUCAUCAUAGGUACACGUCAACUAUGACAGAGAAAUUGAGGGAAAAAAAUCCAGAAAAUCACAUUGUAGGAUUUUUUAUGAAUUUAUUUGCAAAUUAUGGUGGAAAAUAAGUAUUUGGUCACCUACAAACAAGCAAGAUUUCUGGCUCUCACAGACCUGUAACUUCUUCUUUAAGAGGCUCCUCUGUCCACUCGUUACCUGUAUUAAUGGCACCUGUUUGAACUUGUUAUCAGUAUAAAAGACACCUGUCCACAACCUCAAACAGUCACACUCCAAACUCCACUAUGGCCAAGACCAAAGAGCUGUCAAAGGACACCAGAAACAAAAUUGUAGACCUGCACCAGGCUGGGAAGACUGAAUCUGCAAUAGGUAAGCAGCUUGGUUUGAAGAAAUCAACUGUGGGAGCAAUUAUUAGGAAAUGGAAGACAUACAAGACCACUGAUAAUCUCCCUCGAUCUGGGGCUCCACGCAAGAUCUCACCCUGUGGGCAUGGGGGUGGAAGGCAUGGGGGUGGAAACAUCAUGCUUUGGGGCUGUUUUUCUGCAAAGGGACCAGGACGACUGAUCCGUGUAAAGGAAAGAAUGAAUUGGGCCAUGUAUAGUGAGAUUUUGAGUGAAAACCUCCUUCCAUCAGCAAGGGCAUUGAAGAUGAAACGUGGCUGGGUCUUUCAGCAUGACAAUGAUCCCAAACACACCGCCCGGGCAACGAAGGAGUGGCUUCGUAAGAAGCAUUUCAAGGUCCUGGAGUGGCCUAGCCAGUCUCCAGAUCUCAACCCCAUAGAAAAUAUUUGGAGGGAGUUGAAAGUCUGUGUUGCCCAGCGACAGCCCCAAAACAUCACUGCUCUAGAGGAGAUCUGCAUGGAGGAAUGGGCCAAAAUACCAGCAACAGUGUGUGGAAACCUUGUGAAGACUUACAGAAAACGUUUGACCUGUGUCAUUGCCAACAAAGGGUAUAAAACAAAGUAUUGAGAAACUUUUGUUAUUGACCAAAUACUUAUUUUCCACCAUAAUUUGCAAAUAAAUUCAUUAAAAAUCCUACAAUGUGAUUUUCUGGAUUAUUUUUUCUAAUUUUGUCUGUCAUAGUUGACGUGUACCUAUGAUGAAAAUUACAGGCCUCUCUCAUCUUUUUAAGUGGGAGAACUUGCACAAUUGGUGGCUGACUAAAUACUUUUUUUCCCCACUGUAUUUUCUCUUUCUCUCUCUUUCUCUCUCUCACGUACUCACGCUCUCAAGUACUCACGCUCUCAAACAAUCUCUAUUUUUGUGCUUGAAUACACCCUAUUUCCAGAUUCACACACUUGAUUUCUUUAGUGCCUGGUUUAGUUUUUCCCGGAACUCAGCUUGCUACUCUUUCCCCCUCCCAAUGCAGACUCCUACCUGUACCCCAGCUUCCAGGGCCUCAUGUCAGACAACGAUACAGUACGACUGGGCCUGGACUUCCAGAGGAUGCUCCGGAUCAACCACAUGCUCUACAUCGCAGCCAGGUCAGUCAACAUGCCUCUCAUUAUUAUGCACUGGACUGCCUUACAUUAACCCUGUAUUGACAACUCUUCCUUGAAUCCCUUUGUAGUAUUUCUGUCAUUGUAUCAAUCAACCUUAUUGCAUAGCUCCCCUUACAUUCAUAUUGUCAUACUAUAGGUUCAUUAUGUAAAAGGUUCCUCAGGCUCAGCAAGAAGCCAUUCUACAUCAAUAAGCCUGCGUUAAAGAGCUAUGUGACUGACCCUAAUCAAUCUAAUUUAGGCUAAGAACAGGCAGCUUGGGUGUUAAGUGUGGUGUGGUGGGGUUGGGUUUCAGGCAGAGACGAGAAAUCUUCAAAUGUUUUCUGACCUUUGACCUCUUACAGGGAUCAUGUGUUUGCUGUCAGUCUCAGCGCCUCCUCUGAGCAGAUCGUCCCACAACAGGUAAGCCUUAUGUUGUCUCACAAACACAUCGUUUACAUGAGUCAGGAUCUCAUGGGUCAUAGACUAUUAUAAACUGUGUGGUUCGAGCCCUGAAUGCUGAUUGGCUGACAGCCAAUUGGCUUCAUCAAUAAGUGCAUUGAUGUCGUCGUCCCCACAGUAACUGUACGUACCCCAACCAGAAGCCAUGGAUUACAGGCAACAUCCGCACUGAGCUAAAGGGUAGAGCUGCCGCUUUCAAGGAGCAGGACUCUUACCCGGAAGCUUAUAAGAAAUCCCGCUAAGCCCACGACAAACCAUCAAAUAGGCAAAGCGUCAAUACAGGACUAAGAUCGAAUCAUACUACACCGGGUCCGACGCUCGUUGGAUGUGGCAGGGCUUGCAAACUAUUACAGACUACAAAGGGAAGCACAGCUGCGAGCUGCCCAGUGACACAAGCCUACCAGAUGAGCUAAAUUACUUCGAGGCAAGUAACACUGAAACAUGCAUGAGAGCAUCAGCUGUUCUGGACGACUGUGUGAUCACGCUCUCCGUAGCCAUUGUGAGUAAGACCUUUAAACAGGUCAACAUUCACAAGGCCGCAGGGCCAGACGGAUUACCAGGACGUGUACACCGAGCAUGCGCUGACCAACUGGCAAGUGUCUUCACUGACAUUUUCAACCUCUCCCUGUCUGAGUCUGUAAUACCAACAUGUUUCAAGCAGUCCUUGUGCCCAAGAACACUAAGGUAACCUGCCUAAAUGACUACCGACCCAUAGCACUCACAUCUGUAGCCAUGAAGUGCUUUGAAAGGCUGGUCAUGGCUCACAUCAACACCAUUAUCCCAGAAACUCUAGAUCCACUCCAAUAUGCAUACCGCCCAAACAGAUCCACAGAUGAUGCAAUCUCUAUUGCGCUCCACACUGCCCUUUCACACCUGGACAAAUGGAACACCUAUGUGAGAAUGCUAUUCAUUGACUACAGCUCAGCAUUCAACACCAUAGCUAAGGACCCUGGGACUAAACACCUCCCUCUGCAACUGGAUCAUGGACUUCCUGACGGGCCGCCCCCAGGUGGUAAGGUUAGGUAACAACACAUUCGCCAUGCUGAUCCUCAACACGGGGGCCCCUCAGGGGUGCGUGCUCAGUCCCCUACUGUACUCCCUGUUCACUCAUGACUGCAUGGCCAGGCACGACUCCAACACCAUCAUUAAGUUUGCCGACGACACAACAGUGGUUGGCCUGAUGACAAAGAUGACACAGCCUAUAGGGAGGUCAGAGACCUGGCCGUGUGGUGCCAGGAUAACAACCUCUCCCUCAACGUGAUCAAGACAAAGGAGAUGAUUGUGGACUACAAUAAAAAGAAGAGGACCGAGCACGCCCCCAUUCUCAUCGACGGGGCUGUAGUGGAGCAGGUUGAGAGCGUCAAGUUCCUUGGUGUCCACAUCACCAAUAAUAUAAUAUAAUAUGCCAUUUAGCAGACGCUUUUAUCCAAAGCGACUUACAGUCAUAUGUGCAUACAUUUUUACCAACAAACUAACAUGGUCCAAGCACACCAAGACAGUCGUGAAGAGGGCACGACAAAACCUAUUCCCCCUUAGGAGACUGAAAAGAUUUGGCAUGGGUCCUCAGAUCCUCAAAAGGUUCUACUGCUGCACCAUCGAGAGCAUCCUGACUGGUUGCAUCACUGCCUGGUAUGGCAACUGCUCGGCCUCCGACCGCAAGGCACUACAGAGGGUAGUGCAUAUGGCCCAGUACAUCACUGGGGCCAAGCUUCCUGCCAUCCAGGACCUCUAUACCAGGCGGUGUCAGAGGAAGGCCCUAAGAAUUGUCAAAGACUCCAGCCACCCUAGUCAUAAUGUUCUUCUGCUACCGCAUGGAAAGCGGUACGGAGCGCCAAGUCUGAGGUCCAAAAGCCUUCUUAACCCCAACUAAGACUCUAACUAAUGCUACAGACUAUUGCAAUUCCUCCCCGGCCCCCCACAUUACCUGGCUACCUAAACCUGUAUAUACUUGUUACCUUAUUACUUUAAUAUCUAUAUGCUAUUUAUUUGUGCUUUUUCAAAUUCCUACUAACCGUGCCCCCACAAUUGAUAUCAGACCGUAACCCUGUAUUAAACCUCAUUGUUAUUUUUACUGCUGCUAAUUACUUGUAACUCAUUGUUAUUAUUCGAUAUGGUAUCUGGGGUAUUUUUGGUUGGCCCAAUUCAUCGGGUAGGGUGGUCGGGCAUUCCGCUUGUUAAUGCUUAAAGGUACGCCUUGUAGUAAUUUUAAGUGUAGUUCAUGCUGCUGGUUCGGCGCAGGCAUACAAUCUCUGAUUUUCUCUAACUUUAAAAUGUUUAUUAGUUUUUUUCUUCUUAUACUGGUCAACAGUUCUUAUAGCAUAAAGCACCUCACUGGGUUCGAUAUAAUAGAAUAUGUCGGUCAAAGUCCGUUUGAGACUCGCGUUGUGCGUCCUAGCACAGCCUUAUCCGUUGGGAAAACUCGAUUAAGGUUAAUCAAGCUGGUGACCUAAGAGCUACUGUUUUGUUUCUUUCUCCCUCUCUUAUAUCUGCAGAUAGACCAGUCCCUUCAAACAGAAUCCAUAGAAUUUGUUUGACUCCUGGUUUUGAAGUGCUGUGUUUCCAUUGAAUAUUUGUCAAACUCGAUUGCACUUAAAUAAAAAGCACUUUAAGGCCUGUGUUUGUGUUUGCUUGUCCCUAUCGUAUUUAGAUUAAUUUACAGCAUGAGUCAUCCCCAUAAGGGACCCACUCAACAUCAAUGAGAUCUAACGUUAUUGACUUGUAUUUGAUUGCAGUGGAAAUACAUGAGAAGAAUGAUGUGUAGUGCAGAGAAUUGUUGGAAGAGAAAGUCUGUAUUUUCUAAAAAAAAACUUGAAGUUAGGAGAACUAAGAAUAUGUGCAUUGCAAAGUACAUAGUGCAUUGGUCAUCAGCCAUAAUACCAACCUGGCUUUCUCACUUUCCCAUGCUUCUUAUGUCUCAGUGAGAUCAUUAGUGUGCGCCUGAGUCAUAAUCAAAAACCUAGGGUCUGCUUCAUCAUGGAUCUAUUCCUUUUCUCUGGCCCAGUUUCAGUUCUAAUCCCCAGUCUCCUCACCAGGCACAUCAUGAUCCCCCAUUCAGAGAUACUGUAUAUCAAAGUCCUGGAUGGGUAUAAGCAAUAAAUAGGUAACUCCAGCUCACUCUGCCAGAGGGCAAGGGGGAACUAUUAGCAUAUUGCUGACGUCCUAUCUAUCCUAUCAUGGUGGAUCUUCAAGAGGGAAGUGAAGAGCUGGGGGGGGGGGGACAUUUCACUCCACUUUAAGGCCCAGAAGGGUAACGGUUGAGUCUUGCGCCAAAAGAGGGAUUUCACCUUAGUCUCUGGAGAAAUCUUAUUUCCCAGCAUGCCCCAUGGUGUUGAUGAGUUUGGUGCUCCUGCAGGGUGGACAGCGGAGUCAGUAAAUCACCCUCCCAGUCAGUCGGUAGUGGAACAGUGGAUCUGCACUGGUGGGCAGUGCAUUAAACCUUCAACCAGGCAACCUUGUUAACAAGUUGAUGGAUCUCUUCCUAUUCACUCAACUAGCGGAGGCCCACUGGGGGGACCAAUGCUAGGAGAUAAGGACGUUGAGGAGGACCAGGAGGACCAUAGAUAGCUAGUAUCAAGCCAAUCCACUUCCCAUAGGAAUGCAUUGCAGAUUCCUUUCUGAUUCCUUGAUCUUCUUGUUGGUCUAAUUAACCAUAGAGAUGUAUUAUUGUUAAGUACAGGUGGAUUGUGAUGAAUUGUAUGGGAGAUGGAUUGUAGAGGAACAACAGUCUUUAGUUGCACGCUGACAGAGUUAGACACAGCUCCUCAGGUGUUUCAGAUGUUUUUGUUUGUUUGUCAGAAGCUUUAUUGAACGUGAUGAGAUUUUCAUCACAGCUGUCUGCUAAUAGCACUUGAAUGGCUGGGUGAAAAAAGUGUCUCUUUCUUGCUCUGACAGUUGGUUGUCUGUCUGUGUGUUCCAGAAAUUGACUUGGAAGACAAAGGACGUGGACAAAUGCACAGUGAGGGGGAAGAACAGUGUGAGUAUCUCUCUCCCUUUCUCUCUCUCUGUUUCUCUCCCACUCUCCCACUGUCUGUUCUGCGAUGUGGGAGGGUAGCACUAACAAUAGCACAGAUUGCUUAUCAAAAUCAGCACCACAGGUAUCUGUAGUUCCAGAACCAGUCUCUGGCACAGGCAGCGUCAGCCUCCCAGAGCUCUAGUGAAACCAUAGAGAUCAGCACAGGGAUUAUGGUAAUGACGAGAAUAGAACCAGAAGUAUGACAGAGAGGUGUGUGUGUGUGUGUGCACCCUUAGCAAAAUGCCAUUCCGUGCAUAAUAAGCUGUGCAAUGACACUGCAGGUGGGGUGAUAACGCCAGGAGUCACAUUGCCGUCCCCUGAAACCCAGCUGUUUCCCUUUGACAGGAUGAGUGCUACAACUACAUCAAAGUUCUGGUCCCACGCAACGACGAGACGCUAUUUGCCUGCGGUACCAACGCCUUUAACCCGACCUGCCGCAACUACAAGGUAGGACACUACACCUCAGUCACCUUUUCAUCUAAAGCCUCCAGCCCCAUACCCAGCACUGUUCUGAAACAAAUUGGAGUAAAUAAGCUUAGUUUAAAAAAGUGUUGGACCAAUGUCAAAGUGUUAUUUUCUGCAGCCUGGGGCGGUUUAGCGGUUAAGGGUUGGUGCCUUCAGAGCAUAUGCCUACAGGUGUUGGUGUGGGCGUCCUGACUUUCUCUUAACUUCUUUCAGAGGGAAAAAGUGUCCUCUCUUUAUUUACAGUAUAAAAUCAUCAAGUUGACAUUGAUGUGCACAGAUGGACCCCUAUAGGACUCCAGAUUGCAGAACCACUUCAAAGUAGUGCUGCUAUACUGGAUGUUGAUGGAGAAACAUGUUGACUCAAGAGGUUGGCAGCGGUCUGUUGACUGAACACAGAUCCAGCAUGAUAAUAAGUCUUUAUUCACACAUCUGAGGAAUAAACUGCAACCGCAGAUGAUUUGAGAUCAUGUCAUCCUCCGAGGAAGAGAGUGGGGGAAAGAGAGUGGGGGAAAGAGAGUGGGGGAAAGAGAGUGGGGGAAAGAGAGUUGGGGAGGGGAGAGCGAGAACAAAACAUGCCAGAACACUAGAGUCAGAAUCCCAGGGGAGCCACUACUUUAGUUCCAUAAAGUAACUCACGCCACCUACUCUCCAUGGCUUUCUGACUGCUCAAAUGAUUAACAACCCAAAGUGUGCCAGAGAGAGCUGUCGGCUAAGUGGAAACAUACAAUAGGAAAAUAGCGAUACGUUAAUCGUGACAACGGUGCGCAGAUAGACUCUCACUCUCCAGGAUGUCUACCAGUACAAAAGAAGUCAGAUUGAGCUGAGGAGAGAUGACAUCACGGUUCUGGGCAAUGAUUCACAGUGUGCUUUUUGGAUAAGGGGACGUAACGUCUACUGUCUGAGAAGUCCAACGGGGAGCUGGCUAAAUCCAUACAGACCACGGCAGAGGCUUUACCUUUUCCGCCAUAGACUCCCAAUGGAAGACGUUGAUUUACACUUUAUCCAGAACAAAUUCCUCUCCCUGUCCCGUUCCCUCCCGGCUCUGAAAAACCGGGAGCGAUGACUGCCCGGAGAACUGGGAAGAGUGUGCUGAAGUGUAAAUCAUAUCACGCAAUCUGUCUGCAUCAUUCCUUGGAAAUACUGAGGAGGGCAGUGGGGUCAGGAGAGGGUGUUAGGGUGAAGGGGAUUGGAUUGUGGGUGUGGACGGGUGGAAGAUGUUUGCACAUUUUCCAUGUACAUUCAUCACCACAAAACACUCUGCCCAAUGAGCCAGCUGAUCAAAGACAGAGGUUGUGUGACCAGGUGGUAGCUAGACCAGGAGGUGAAAACCUGUAACCUCUAGUCUAAAUCACACUGUACUGUAGUACUGAAGCCCCAGAACCAUGGUUUAGCAGACAGAUGAGAGAUGUAACGGUAACAACCACAGUAACAAUGGUGGAUUUCUCACUUAGAGAGUGUACCCAUAGGGAAAAUGAGCAGUGACACAGCAUUAAAUAUAAACACACAUGUUGACGGGCUGUCACUGUGUGUGUUUGUGAAGGCAGCUGCGUGCUGGAGGUGCUGAGCAUGACCUCUCCUCUGGGUCGCAUUCUGCCCCCACCCCAGCGGGAUUCACACGUAUUGUCUGAGCCUAGGUUUUACGACCUUGUUAACGGUGGGGCAGGAAUAGCUGCUAAAGAUCUGUGGUUAAGAGAUACUGUAUCCUCACAGUGCCGCCAGUGUAGCAGCCAUACCACAGGCUGACAGGAGUGUUACUCCUGACCGUUUGACCUCACUGUUGUUACAAUGCAAUGUAAAACGUAUCAAAUAAAAGGUAUCUUUAUGACAAGUGUUCCUAUUUAUUCAACAGGAUUGACUAGAGGCAUAUUCUGUCCAUGACUUUAAGGGGUCGACUUUAUAUCUUGGCAGUUAGCAGUAAAGCUAAAAUUAUAUAAAACAGAACAAUACUCAAGUUUGGACUGAAAUCGAUUUUUCAGUAAGGGGAAAAUAGUAAACUUAACAACUGCAAACACUGACUUAGUUAUUUUAGUUGAGGUUUUUCAAUAUAAUUGAAUUGCAUUUGAGUUACACUCCUAUAAAUAGCUUUAUUAAGUAUCCCCUUCCCUCUCUUCUUUCUUCCCUCUCUCUCCCAGAUGUCCACACUGGAACAGGAUGGUGAGGAGGUGGUGGGUCAGGCCCGCUGUCCCUUUGAGUCUCGCCAAUCCAACGUCGGCCUCUUCGCUGGUGAGUUGCUUUGGACAGAGACAGAGCGAAAUGUCAGCUGGGGGCAGCAACUUGAUCAAUAAACCUGCCCUCAAUCUUGCCAAUUUGCCAGUGACAUUUAGACGUAGUUCACAGAGUGUUAUUGAGAGCAGCACAGCCCCUACAUCAAGUGUAGCCAUGAGAUAAAAAUACACAUUGGGUGGCAUCGGUUCCUAAUCUUCAUUGCAAUUGUGUUCAUUUGAAAAAAGCACGCCUUUCUUAAGUUAGUUAUUUUGUUCCUCUCAGGUGGCGAUUUCUACUCGGCCACCAUGACAGACUUCCUGGCGAGUGAUGCAGUGAUUUACCGUAGUCUGGGAGAGAGCAGCCCGGUGCUUCGUACCGUGAAGUACGACUCCAAAUGGCUACGAGGUGAGCCCCUGGCCUUUGCCUCAGGUCUUAAUUUGAACCAACUUGUGAAUUUACCUUUUGAAUCUUCCUCAGAAUCUUCCUUCUGAAAUCUUCUCACUUUUGCAUUGCCAAAUAUCAUUAUCUAUUUGUAUGCAGUACGUUACAUAUUAGAGAGGUAUCUCAUUCUAAAUCAGUGUGUGGUACCUACUUGAGUGAUGUUUCCUACCAAAACACUGACUGCCUAAUGCAAUAUUGUUGUGAAUACCAAAUAGUCAGUGUUACUGUUUCAUAUUUCUCCCUUUGUCUCCUCAGAGCCUCAUUUCCUCCAUGCCAUUGAGUACGGGAACUAUGUGUACUUCUUCUUCAGUGAGAUUGCUGUGGAGUACACCACACUUGGCAAGGUAAGAGAGUUGUAAUUCAAUUUCACAGAAUGGGGCGGUAGGUAGCCCAGCGGCUAAGGACCUGUAGCCGAAAGGUGGCCGGUUCGUUAGCCGGGCGCUGGAAAAUAGGGCAGAAUUGAUCUGGCAACUGGAGGGCUGCUGGGUUCACAUCCUCAAGACAAUCCCCUACCAUUGGGCCCUUGAGCAAGGCCCUUAACCCCCUAGAGUCCAUUUCUGUGGCCCCGCUGAAAACUAAUUACCAUAAUAAAAAAAUAUCCAUCAAAAUCCGUCAGUUUAAGCUAGAGAUAUGUUUUUUUGCAUUUCGUGCGUCUCAAUCCACUGUAUCCGCUGAUGUCGCACUUCCGCAUCUGCAGUGAAAGGUGGCAGAGCUAGUGCGGUGUUUGUCUUGAUUCGGUCUUAUGUAGCAAAAUUUGAAAUUUUGUUUUUUACAUUGGCUAAAAGCAGAGACACAGAGCUACAAAAUGGUAUAUCAUACACUGCAUUUGAGGAACAAUGGAAAAGUAAAUCUGCUUUGAAAGUUGAUAAACUUGUAAUCUCACUUUUGAGAAAAUGGCCUUUGAAUGUUUUGGUACCUACUUUGUCUACACCCAUUCAGCAUCGUUCACACCCUUUUAAGCUUUAGCCCCACCCAUCACACCACCACCACCAUUCAGAGGUCACACUGGACGCUCUGGCCGAUGAGUAGGGUUGAUCGGAGCGUUCUGACCUCACAACGGCAGUCAAGCACCCAAGCUAACUAGCUAACAUUGGCUAGCUACUUCCAGACACAAAUGAGAGAACACCCCACUGACCAUUUUACUCGCCCUAGCAGAGCUAGUUAGGCUGUUUUCAUGUUAUCCAGAGCGUUGGUGACCGUAACUGUGCUGCUGGCAACAAUUGAAUUAUGCUUUUUUGCCGACGUUUACUGACACCGGUAUAUUCAACAGGUGUUGAGUGUUCGUAAAUUCAUCAGUUAUUCUGCGCUCUGGCAUACGAACACACCCGAAAUGGUUACUUGCAUAGUGGAGUCUUUUGUUAAGACAUGUAGCUAUGUAAACAAUUAACCAUAAUCCCAACUCAUGAUGUUACUACCCUGCAUAAAAGCCGCGUUAGACAGGAUUACCUACUCAUACUGACCAGCUCAAAUAGACAAAAGCGUGCUAUAUGGCAGACCAAUCCGAACUCCUCUCUCGGCAUGUCCAGCCCACUCAUUAUCUCAGCCAAUCAUGGCUAGUGGGAAGGUUGCUGUCUUUUUCUGUGGCUAAACCAACUAGGCUCGUAAUUUAACCAUUUUAUUCGUAUUUACAGAUGGUAUACAAGUUUGUUAUAAAAGCACAUAAAAGUUCACAUGUUCCAGAAGGCAUUUCUGCAAAAAAAACGCAUUUUGAUAAAAAUAAAAGUUUAUGUUCAAAUGGCUCUCCUGUGAAGUAGUGACCCGUGACAUAUGCCAAGUCUGUGGAAAGGUGAGUCUCUCACAAACACGUACGUUGGUUGUUUUGCUCUAGGAUGCCCACAAGCCUCACAAGACUCGUCUGAAGGUACCCCGAUACCAGUUUAAAAAAUGAAUGGAAGUAUAUGUGGAGAUAGUUUAGUGCCAAAAGAAGGGGUCAAAUACAUGUUAUAAAUAUAUAUACAGUGGGGGAAAAAAAGUAUUUAGUCAGCCACCAAUUGUGCAAGUUCUCCCACUUAAAAAGAUGAGAGGCCUGUAAUUUUCAUCAUAGGUACACGUCAACUAUGACAGACAAAUUGAGGAAAAAAAUCCAGAAAAACACAUUGUAGGAUUCUUUAUGAAUUUAUUUGCAAAUUAUGGUGGAAAAUAAGUAUUUGGUCACCUACAAACAAGCAAGAUUUCUGGCUCUCACAGACCUGUAAUUUCUUCUUUAAGAGGCUCCUCUGUCCUCCACUCGUUACCUGUAUUAAUGGCACCUGUUUGAACUUGUUAUCAGUAUAAAAGACACCUGUCCACAACCUCAAACAGUCACACUCCAAACUCCACUAUGGCCAAGACCAAACAGCUGUCAAAGGACACCAGAAACAAAAUUGUAGACCUGCACCAGGCUGGGAAGACUGAAUCUGCAAUAGGUAAGCAGCUUGGUUUGAAGAAAUCAACUGUGGGAGCAAUUAUUAGGAAAUGGAAGACAUACAAGACCACUGAUAAUCUCCCUCGAUCUGGGGCUCCACGCAAGAUCUCACCCCGUGGGGUCAAAAUUAUCACAAGAACGGUGAGCAAAAAUCCCAGAACCACACGGGGGGACCUAGUGAAUGACCUGCAGAGAGCUGGGACCAAAGUAACAAAGCCUACCAUCAGUAACUCACUAUGCCGCCAGGGACUCAAAUCCUGCAGUGCCAGACGUGUCCCCCUGCUUAAGCCAGUACAUGUCCAGGCCCGUCUGAAGUUUGCUAGAGUGCAUUUGGAUGCGGAUUGGGAGAAUGUCAUAUGGUCAGAUGAAACCAAAAUAGAACUUUUUGGUAAAAACUCAACUCGUCGUGUUUGGAGGACAAAGAAUGCUGAGUUGCAUCCAAAGAACACCAUACCUACUGUGAAGCAUGGGGGUGGAAACAUCAUGCUUUGGGGCUGUUUUUCUGCAAAGGGACCAGGACGACUGAUCCGUGUAAAGGAAAGAAUGAAUGGGGCCAUGUAUCGUGAGAUUUUGAGUGAAAACCUCCUUCCAUCAGCAAGGGCAUUGAAUAUGAAACGUGGCUGGGUCUUUCAGCAUGACAAUGAUCCCAAACACACCGCCCGGGCAACGAAGGAGUGGCUUCGUAAGAAGCAUUUCAAGGUCCUGGAGUGGCCUAGCCAGUCUCCAGAUCUCAACCCCAUAGAAAAUCUUUGGAGGGAGUUGAAAGUCCGUGUUGCCCAGCGACAGCCCCAAAACAUCACUGCUCUAGAGGAGCUCUGCAUGGAGGAAUGGGCCAAAAUACCAGCAACAGUGUGUGAAAACCUUGUGAAGACUUACAGAAAACCUUUGACCUGUGUCAUUGCCAACAAAGGGUAUAUAACAAAGUAUUGAGAAACUUUUGUUAUUGACCAAAUACUUAUUUUCCACCAUAAUUUGCAAAUAAAUUCAUUAGAAAUCCUACAAUGUGAUUUUCUGGAGAAAAAAAAUCUCAUUUUUUUCUGUCAUAGUUGACGUGUACCUAUGAUGAAAAUGACAGGCCUCUCUCAUCUUUUUAAGUGGGAGAACUUGCACAAUUGGUGGCUGACUAAAUCCUUUUUCCCCCACUGUAUAUAUAUGGUUUCCUGAUCUUUCUUAUCCCUCUCAGAUAUAGGACAGACACUUCAGAACAAACUUUAUUUUGCUAUUUUUUGGGGACUAUCUGUUGUUCCAUGUAGUGAAUCUGUUAUUCAAUGUGUUUGUAUGGGCUAAUAGCAGUAAGGCCAAAUUCAAUUUUUCAUCAAAUAAUUAGUUUGAAAAUCCUAUAAAUCUUCCUCUUACCUUUCCCCAUUCUCUCUCUCCCCCUCAGGUUGUGUUCUCCAGAGUGGCUCGUGUAUGUAAGAAUGACAACGGAGGUUCUCCCAGGGUUCUAGAGCGUUACUGGACGUCGUUCCUCAAAGCGCGGCUCAACUGCUCGGUGCCGGGCGAUUCCUUCUUCUACUUUGACGUUCUGCAGUCGCUGACCAACGUGCUGCAGAUCAAUCACAGACCAGCCGUGCUGGGGGUCUUCACUACACAGGCCAACAGGUCAGUCACAGUACCAGGCGGCAACAUUACAGACGGCCAUACAGAUAUACAGUACAUACUCAUACAAUGAGUAUAAUGAGAUUUUACUGUACCUCUUUUUAUAGAAAAUAUAAAGAAAAAAACAGCCAAAAGCUUUUACAGAAGAUAAUGCUCACAUUUGCAAAUCAUACCCCUUGAUUAAAAGCCUAUUUUAUAAGAUUGUUGUUUAAUGUCCUUUACAACCUUGGGCAGCAGUCUUGAAUGCUUUUAUAGCUAUACAUUCCAUUAUAACCUGGGCUAAUAAUGGCCUUUCCCAUGACAGAUGUCUCUGUUGUUUUCCUAAUCAGUAUCACAGGCUCAGCAGUGUGUGCAUUCUACAUGGAUGACAUUGAGAAGGCCUUCAACGGGAAGUUCAAGGAGCAGAGGAACAGUGAGUCAGCCUGGACGCCCGUGCCUGAGGACCAAGUGCCCAAGCCCAGGUAAGACCGACACAUGUGAGUGGGACCUUUGACAGCCUCAGUCCAGACAUAUUUACUUUAUUCCAGUGUCAACACUGUCAACAAAAGUUUUGCAUCUACAAUAUUAUAUUCCCUCAGCGUGAAUGCUUAGCAAAUCUAUCCCACUGACUUUUUGAAACUCCACUGACUAACUUCUGCCCCUCCUCUCGGUCCCACAGACCAGGCUGCUGUGCCGGCGACGGCUCUGCCGCUGCCUACAAGUCGUCCACGACCUUCCCCGACGACACCCUGACCUUCAUCAAGAACCACCCCCUGAUGGACGAGGCAGUUCCCUCCGUCAACCACCGGCCCUACUUCACACGCACAACCAGCAGGUAGCUACAGCAGCAGGGUGGAUGGAGGGAUGAAAAGAUGGAUAGAUAAUAGGGGAAAUUGAUGGGUGGAAAACUAUUUCAUCGAUCUCCUUGGGGAAAUGGAUAACAGUUGGUCCCUUGUCUCAACAUGAAAAGCCCAUUAAAUAUAAAAGUUAGACGCAGUCAGGAUGGGGUCUUCCAAAACACCACAUCAAAUAUAGACCCAAGCAGGAUAGGGCCUCCCCAAAUUAUAGAUCUAACCAGAAAGGGGUCUGUGAAAAGCUGAAAAGCACAUCAAUUGAAGACAACGUCCGGAAGGGGUCCACCAGACUAACACAGGCAAUAGCGCCAGCGGCUCAUUGAGAAGCCCAGCCAUGUAGUGGUGCUGAAGGUAGAGUAGGUGUCAGAGGGCCAGACAGCCCCCUAGCUUGGACCCCUGCUGUGAUUUACAUGGUGAAGUCGAGCCAGUCUGACAGACAACCAGGCGUCUUCACACAGCGGAGGGAGGGUACGCGGUCUGUCUCACAUCUGCCUUCCAAACGUCACAUCUGCUUCAGAACUCUCCAGAGACGAGCUGAACGGAACUUUAACGAUGAAUACAUCACAUUGUUGAGUCAUUUAGCUAGUGUAGUGCCAGUCAGUGUGAUGUUUUGAGUAAACAACAACAUGUCGCCAACUUGUAUGGGACUGAAGGAAAGUUGAGAGCAGCUGUACAAUGGUUUUACUAACAAUAGUGUCCUGCAUAAUCUUACACAGUGUUGUCACAUUGCAGUGCAUGCACACACUCUGAUAAUAAUUCACAUCUUUAAUUGCAGAUGCUUUCUCUUCGGAGAUAUCAUCAUGUUAACCCGAACCACAACCCUGUUUGUGUCCAUCCAGGUUCAAGUUGACCCAGCUAGCAGUGGAUACGUCAGCUGGGCCCUAUAAGAACCACACGGUGCUGUUCCUGGGGAGCGAGGACGGCAGGGUACUGAAGAUCCUGGCCAGCACCCAGCCCAACGCCUCCUUCAGCACACAGCUACUGGAGGACAUCGAUGUCUACAACCCCACCAAGUCAGCCUCCCUUUCUCAAUUCUCUUUCAGCUAUAUGAUACAAACGAUCUGUUUUAUAAUACAGUGCACUCCUCUCAUAACAUUCACAUCUAUUGGUUCAGCAACAAAAAAAAGUCCCUAAUGUUUUUACCACUGUAAGAGGAUGAUUAUUGUAUGUGAUGCUUCCAAUCCGAGUCCGCUGUAGUAAGACAGAGAUAUGUGUUGUGGUGCUGUUAGUACGUGUCCUGCACAGCUUUUCAACUCCACUCUCAUUUGCAUACAGUCUCCCAGGAUGCUGUUGUUGUCACCACCCAUCAGCAUAAUUUUCGGAAAUAAUGAGUCGUGUUUGAUGUUUCCCCUUUCCUAGAUGUAACGUCCGCGGAGAGGACAGACGGGUUCUGGGAUUGGAGCUGGACAGGGAACAUCACGCCCUGUUUGUGGCCUUCUCCAGCUGUGUGAUCCGAGUACCUCUGAGCCGCUGCAGUGACUAUGGCUCCUGCAAGAAGUAAGUGACACCCCGUCUAUUAUAUAAAGCUAUUACUGCACUGUUAACAGUUGCCAAGUGUGUGUUAAUAUUGCAGUGGAAUUCUGUUUGCUGCUAUAUAGGCUUCCUUCCCCCAGUGCUACUGUGGUGAUGUGUAGUUACAAUGUGACUUACAAUCAAUCAUGUUGUUGCUAAAUAGCUUCCUUGUAGUCAGAGCUACUGCUGGAGUUGAUAUGUUUUUGUCCGAGCUAGUGUACUCUACAAUUUUGUCCUAUUUUGGGAUUGUGGAGGAAAGUCCCCUCCCCCACCCCAACACCAAGAAAAACAUUUUGUAUAAAAUUUGAACAGGGACGUGUAUCCCCCAUAGCAUGCUAAACCCUCAUUGCGAGCCUUAGAGAAGUGCUCAACAGCAUUUAUGCACAAAUUGGAACCAGCUGAUUGGCGGUAGGCCAACCCACGGCCAGGGUUUCAACGCGGCGAGGAGAAAGUGGAUAGGGCCUGUCUCACUUUAGCCCCUCCAUCGCUGGAUGCCUCUGAAACAGCCCAGCGCACCUCAACCAGGGAUUAGGGGCCCCUUAAGCUCCAUGAUGCUUUGCAGGAGUCAGGUGUCAGGCCCAUAUCCUCCUCUCCACACUCUCCCCAUCUGUCUGCCUCCAAAUUAGGUUUGGUUGGUUUGGUCUCUCUCUCCCCCCUUACUGUAGCCUCUAUCUUACACAAAGAAAAAACGGUUUUCUAUCGCUAUCUCUCGCUGCCGCUGCUGUUUCUAUUAGGUUUCAGAAAUUGAUAUGGUUCUGACAGCAGAAACACAUUGAAUGAAAUAUAUAGAGAAAAUAGAUUUUGUGAAAAAGAUGGCGAAGAGAGAUAUCAAAAGUUGUGUGAAAUUCUCAACUCUCUGGCCCACACAAAAUGUUUAUACAUUUUUUAUUUCUUUUUAGUUAUUAAAGCACAAAGGUUUCAAAAAGUUGUCACAUUUGCAUCUGUUUUGCCUCACAGUGCUGGGUUAAUGAGAACCCCCAGACCAGGGGUGAUAUUCUCAGUAAAGAACAGUACGUCAGCAAAACUGACAAGCCACAGGUGGGGAAGAGACAUAAUGAAUUUACACCACAGAAAGAGGAGAGAUUAGACAUGGUGGACCUUUCUUCCAUACAGACAGUUUCUAAUGAAUGGUUCCAUACCCAUAUAUAUAUAUAUAUAUAUAUAUAUAUAUAUAUAUAUAUAUAUAUAUAUAUAUAUAUACACACACACACACACACACACACACACACACACACACACACACACACACACACACAGUGGGGAAAAAAAGUAUUUAGUCAGCCACCAAUUGUGCAAAUUCUCCCACUUAAAAAGAUGAGAGAGGCCUGUAAUUUUCAUCAUAGGUACACGUCAACUAUGACAGACAAAAUGAGAAAAGAUAAUCCAGAAAAUCACAUUGUAGGAUUUUUUAUGAAUUUAUUUGCAAAUUAUGGUGGAAAAUAAGUAUUUGGUCAAUAACAAAAGUUUCUCAAUACUUUGUUAUAUACCCUUUGUUGGCAAUGACACAGGUCAAACGUUUUCUGUAAGUCUUCACAAGGUUUCCACACACUGUUGCUGGUAUUUUGGCCCAUUCCUCCAUGCAGAUCUCCUCUAGAGCAGUGAUGUUUUGGCGCUGUCGCUGGGCAACACAGACUUUCAACUCCCUCCAAAGAUUUUCUAUGGGGUUGAGAUCUGGAGACUGGCUAGGCCACUCCAGGACCUUGAAAUGCUUCUUACGAAGCCACUCCUUCGUUGCCCGGGCGGUGUGUUUGGGAUCAUUGUCAUGCUGAAAGACCCAGCCACGUUUCAUCUUCAAUGCCCUUGCUGAUGGAAGGAGGUUUUCACUCAAAAUCUCACGAUACAUGGACCCAUUCAUUCUUUCCUUUACACGGAUCAGUCGUCCUGGUCCCUUUGCAGAAAAACAGCCCCAAAGCAUGAUGUUUCCACCCCCAUGCUUCACAGUAGGUAUGGUGUUCUUUCGAUGCAUUCUUUGUCCUCCAAACACGACGAGUUGAGUUUUUACCAAAAAGUUCUAUUUUGGUUUCAUCUGACCAUAUAACAUUCUCCCAAUCCUCUUCUGGAUCAUCCAAAUGCACUCUAGCAAACUUCAGACGGGCCUGGACAUGUACUGGCUUAAGCAGGGGGACACGUCUAGCACUGCAGGAUUUGAGUCCCUGGCGGCGUAGUGUGUUACUGAUGGUAGGCUUUGUUACUUUGGUCCCAGCUCUCUGCAGGUCAUUCACUAGGUCCCCCCGUGUGGUUCUGGGAUUUUUGCUCACCGUUCUUGUGAUCAUUUUGACCCCACGGGGUGAGAUCUUGCGUGGAGCCCCAGAUCGAGGGAGAUUAUCAGUGGUCUUGUAUGUCUUCCAUUUCCUAAUAAUUGCUCCCACAGUUGAUUUCUUCAAACCAAGCUGCUUACCUAUUGCAGAUUCAGUCUUCCCAGCCUGGUGCAGGUCUACAAUUUUGUUUCUGGUGUCCUUUGACAGCUCUUUGGUCUUGGCCAUAGUGGAGUUUGGAGUGUGACUGUUUGAGGUUGUGGACAGGUGUCUUUUAUACUGAUAACAAGUUCAAACAGGUGCCAUUAAUACAGGUAAUGAGUGGAGGACAGAGGAGCCUCUUAAAGAAGAAGUUACAGGUCUGUGAGAGCCAGAAUUCUUGCUUGUUUGUAGGUGACCAAAUACUUAUUUUCCACCAUACUUUGCAAAUAAAUUCAUAAAAAAUCCUGCAAUGUGAUUUUCUGGGUUUUUUUCCUCAAUUUGUCUGUCAUAGUUGACGUGUACCUAUGAUGAAAAUUACAGGCGCCUCUCAUCUUUUUAAGUGGGAGAACUUGCACAAUUGGUGGCUGACUAAAUACUUUUUCCCCCACUGUGUAUAUAUAUAUAUGUGUGUGUGUGUGUGUGUGUGUGUAUAUAUAUGUGUGUGUAUAUAUAUAUAUAUAUACACACACACACAGCUCUGGUGGUCCCAUAGGUGAGAGGAACACCUGUGUCUUCAUCAUGUCCUGACAGGCACAGAGAAAAGGAGCCAGCGGGGAUGCUUCAAGUCUCCCCUGCAGAUGGGGGUCAUUACCUUUAACUCUGACAUGUUGUCAAUGCUGGUCUGGUGGAGACCCCUCCGCCCUCCCACUCUACACGGCCCUCUGUAUUGUAAACCAUGCUGAGCAUGACUGACCUAACGUAUUGUAAGCAUGACUGACCUAACUCUCAGUCCUCCUCUCUGGCUCCCUACAUCUCUUCUACGUACUGGCCUGUUAGUUGGGCUGUGUCACUGAGUCUCUGUCCAAGACUGCCUCUGGCUACCAGACACCCUGGGGGCUCUCAACAAACACUGCUGUCUGUAGCCUAACAGACUGACAGCCAGUCACACUACAUUGACCAUCUCUCAUAUUCAUCUCUGCCUCUUUCUGAGCUCCUAGAUAGGAGAGUUACAAGCUAGGCUCACCUGGCAGUUGAGGUUUUUCUGUUAGGUAAAAUGACAGUCUGGUGUGACUGUGGCCUGUGAUGUUAAUGAGACACUCCAGAAUAUGGGGGUGUUGAUAGGUGAAUAGAUAUCACAUAUCACUUUAGGUCAUGCCUCACGAAAGAGUCGUCAUUAAAAUAUGUAUUUGGUCUCUACUACUUUUUGAUAGUGUUCACACACCGAACUCUGACUGUCUGUCUCGCAGGAGCUGUCUGUCCUCGAGGGACCCUUACUGCGUGUGGCAGAGGACGGGGAGCUGUGCCACGGUGGUGCCCGGAUUCAGGUGAGUCACAGAUGUCGCAUACGGACCACCCCACCACGCAGCCAAUCAUAAGAGAGCAGGUUUAGAGGCCAAGUACCAAACCAUCCCUAGCCCCUACUCUUUGGUCCUUGUUUUGUUGAGUACUAUGUGUCAAAUAUUACUGUUGAGUCUUCGAUCAGAAAAAUAAAAAUUUUACUGACAAUUUAUCAACAUCAAAUUGCCAUAGACAUGACCUUGCAUGAAACAUACACUAAAUGAAUGAAGUAGCAGUAGCUUCAUAGUACUCUGCAAACCACUUCCUUGUAUGCUUUCAAUAAUCGAUACCUAAUCUGGAGUUUGACUUGCCCAGAUUGUCAACGUGAAGAAUAAAAACAUUGGUCUGUCGGCUCCAUUUCACAUAUAGGAUGAGCAUCCAUCUUGUUUAUUUCUAAGUGGCGGACAUACAUCACAUCUGCAAUCACUCGGAAAUUAAACCCCAGAUACCCGCUUGGAGGGGUCGUGGGUCACUCUGGGGUAGAACUGAGAGGCAUCGAUCAAAAUGACCUCGGUGUAAUUGACUGAUCCAUUCUGAUGAACUGGAAGGAAGCCAUUUGACACUUAGAGCUAUCGACUGGCUCAGCAUCAGCGCCAAGCAGGGUGUGUGUGUGCAAGCAAAAGGCCAAUCAAUUCCACUGUCUGAGACUCCUCCCCCCCUGACCCACUGUCUUUCUCUUUCUGCACUGUCGCAUGGAAUCGAAAGUAAUGUUCAGCUGGGUGGAUUUCAAUCAUGUCGUGUGUACCUCACUGUCUGCCGAACGGAGGGAGUGAGGGAGGGAAAGAGAGAGGUAGAAGAGGAGAAGCAGUAGAAGGUACUAUUUCACCUCCAAUGUUGCCUCCUGACACUCAGGGACUGGGCUGUCGCUGUUCCACUGGUUUUCAGUGUGGCCUUAAAUCACCUGCUGUAGGUAUUUCCUUCUGCAAACAUGGGCUGUAAACUUAGUGUGGAUAGGUGGACAGACAUCACAGUAAAGGCAGCUGCCACUGUCCUGAUAGUCACAUGGACUGCUUCAAAUGGAUUAUUCUGCGGGGGUUGACUUAUUGCAUAUCCUGUGGUUGGCCACCCAUGGGUUAUAUUUGCCAUAGCUUCACAGCCAGAGGUUAAUGGAAUAUUCAAAAAGUGCGUAUGUGCGUGUGCGUGUGACGGUGCGUACGUGCUGGGCAAGUAAUCAGAAUUGGACUGAGGCUUGAUUUAUCACGUUUUUAACCAGUGGGACAGUGCCAUGCAGCAAGCCAAUGGAGUGGAACCGAAGAGAUUGGCAAAUAUUAUACAUGCAGUCAGUAGAGCUAUUCCACUGUGCCUGCUCUGUCCACGUCAGAGAGAGAGAGAGGUGAUAUGGUGUGAAAUAGGCAGAACCCGAGCAUGGCCAUGCCUCCAGAACAGAUGCAACAGCUCAUAAAGGCUGUGAUGGGGCUGGACCGGAGAGCAACAGGGGACACAUCCACCUCUACUCUCUCCUCCCUUACUCUCUCGCUCCAGAGGUGGCAUAAAUUCUGCCGGCUGCUUUGGGGGGGUUGAGCCAGAGGUGAAGCGUUUCCAUGGUUUCCUGUCUCUCUCCCAUCACUGUCAGCGCUUGGGGACAUGGCGUGCCAAAGAGGCCAGUCUAAGACUCUCUCCUUGGCUCUUUCUCUCUCACACUCUAAGAAGAAAUACAUACGUUUAUAUAACAGACAGAAAGGAAAUGGAGGCAUAUGGUAAUACUGGUUACUAGUUGUAGUCCACAAACACAGACACACAUUCGCACAAAAUCCCCCAGGCCGACCUAUUCACUCACAAACAAACCCACUCUGCUGUGGUAAUACAAAUAAUGCUAUUGGCUGUCAGUGGGCCCACUGAUGAGCAUAGAAAGAUAAGUGAAGAUAUUAUUUCAUUGAGUUUAUUAUUUCUCCCCUCUGAAUUCCCUGUUUUAUUUUUUCACUCUUGAUUUGCUCACUGGGUCUGUAUUCACUCAUCUAGGCCUGCUUUUCAUUUAGAUGUAAUUUGUUUUUGGCCGCGCCUGGAAAGUCUAUGUGUAGAUGUGUGUGUUUGAUUGCCAGUGCGUGACUGCUAUACGUGUGUGUGUGUGUGCGUGCGUGCGUGUGCAUGUGUGUUUGCAUAUGUGUGUGUGAAUGUUCAUGAGUAUUUAUAUCUGUUAUUUUCUUUGAUUGCCUGCACAGUCGAUACUGCAUCGUAGAAGAUUCAGUGUCAUUGAUGUUAUGUUCUGCUUGACUAAGGGGCCACUCGCUCCACUGUGCAUCAACGCAAUCACAUUACUCACCAGGGGGAAUGUAUGAUUUCUGAAUGUGUACAAGCCUUUGAUUCAUAGAAGAAAGAUGACGUGUCCAAUGCACUGGAGCACAACCAAACCUAAAUAAAUAUGUUUAAUACUAGAGGUACUAAAUGUCUUACAAGAAUGCAGUGUUUCUUUUGCUGUAUAAGAGAAAAAGUGGAGAACCAGAGAAUGGAGUAUCAGCAUGGAUGCAACUGGUGGUAAAACAUUAUGCUAGCUAGGUGAUAGCACCUCGAAACAUCCAUUUGAAUUUGGACUCCGGUGCAUUAACAAAACAGUCAGCCUGACCUUGCAGAGACAAAACCAAUUAAAUGGUUUUCUUUUGCAGCACCAUUUAUUUAAGUCUUUGUCAUCAACAGAACCAUUUUGGAAAGCUUGACAAUGUACCCAAUUAAUGAAAGCGGAGGUUGUGUUUAAAUGGUGAAAGAGGAAUGACGCAUACACGCUGACAGGCCGUUUUGUCCUCUUCUGUUUUGUUUUUCCUCAGGGGCGGAUUUGAGCAGGAUGUGGAGAAUGGCUACCCUCACUACCCAGAUAGCUGCCACGGUAAGGUGGAACAAUCAUCUGUCCUUAAUGGCUCUCCACUAGAUGCACAGAGCCAUCAUAAAAGCUAUUUCAUAACAAGCAAAGCUUAACAAGUGCUUUUAAUUGUCCCAAAUGAUACAGAAAAAGUGAUUGCCAUACUUGGGGAAUGAUAGUACAUUGAAAUUAAUUCAUUUCAUAAACUGUGUCAGCAACUCAAUACAAGUUGAAGUAGCCUGUAAUUUCCUAGCUGAAGAGAGUACCCCAAUGGGAAUUUUUCUCCCAAUUUUCCCUUGCACAUGGGCACAUGUUAAACAAGCAGUCAAUUAUACAUUUAACUAAGCACAGUUUAAGUAUUUAACCACUACUCAGACUUACACGAUGUACUGUUCUGUCAAUAUGUCUGUUGCUUUCCCUUUUCUUCUCUAGACGUCCUGGCGACCACACGCAAGCAAAACACUCUUUCUGAUUCAGCAUAUGGUCAGUUGACAUUUCUUUAUCCUCUAUUUUUAAAGCUUGUCCGAACUGUCUGAGGUUGUUAGCGAACAGGCUAAUGCUAGCAAAGCCCGGUAAGCAUCUCUGUUCCCCUUUUUUUAGCAGUUCGGGAGUGUUUGUUGCAGAGAACAGUAACACCACCUCUCUCACACAAACAGCUAGCUUUAACAUUGGAGCUAUUGUCCAAAGCUAGUUGCCGCAGCAGCACCAGCAUGGAUAUUUGACAGGCUAGCAGCUCCAGUGGCCAAGCUGCCUACUUCCCUUAAUCAAGGAGGAUCAUCAUCCCUGUAACAUUCCAUUACUCCCCACAGCCUGCCCAUAGAGCACAGUGGCUACAGAGCUCAGUGGCUGGCAGCAGGCGCUAAAGCGCAGUGCUAGCGCUAGCUCUCAGCUGAGAUGUAGCCUAACGUAGCAUUACUAGACAAUUACUGUAUCAUUAUUUCCGAAUUAUGGUAAUGUCACUCAUGAAGUAUGGUAAUGAUAAUCAUGAAUUAUGGUAAAGUCAUCCAUGGGCCGUGUCGUAACGAUUGUUUUUUGUCAGAGAGCAGAAUUACAAUAUAUAUAUAUAUAUAUAUAUAUUGUAAUGACCCAGCUGGGUCAUAAAGGAAAAGAAAGAUGGGCACCAGGUGUACAGGCAGAACACAGGUUUAUUCCUAAAUGGGCUAUUGUUCAGGCCACAGCCCACGCCACUAAAUCCCGAACGUACACAAAUAUAACAUGUAAAGUUAAGGGUCCCGAACAGAAGAGAGAGAGAUGAGACAGUAACCCCUAUUUAUGCAUUUCAAAACCCAGCGGGAUUACCCGUCAUCCCCCCCCCCCCCCCCAACCUUUCCAUCUGUCAUGGCAUAUUUAACCCCUGCUAGCACCCAUGAGAACAAUAACACACCCACGAACACAGAAAACAAUACCGGGUCGUUACAUAGCCCCCCCCCCCCCCCCCCCCCCAUUUCUAAACCCUAGCCCCCUAGUGUUACAAAACAAAAUCCUUAAAACGACCCGGAGGUCGCAUCAGUCUCUUGUGCCUCCCCGUGACUCUCACCAGCGGACCCCCAGAACACUCAUCUGCCCCAAUGUCAUUUCCAGCGCCCUCCAAAGAGGCAGCCCCCGCCCCAGGCUCAGGUUGCGCUAGGGUCUCCUCGCUAGACUGUUCCCGUGGGCUCACAUCAGAGUCCUCACUUCCAUUCCCUACCGUUUUCCUCCCUCUGUAGGGCGCCAAUCGGUCCCGGUGGACCACCACCUUCCUGCUCCGUGGGGGAACCUCCACCCGGUACGGGGUUGUUCUCCCGCUCCAAAGUGCCUCCCCCUAGCGCGUGAGUCAUAGUGGCGCUUUUGGCGCAUCCCUGCGUUCUCGAGUUGCUCUCUUGCGAAGGUGUGAGCCGCUUCUAACCGGUUCUGCAGACGACGAACAUAGUUCGGGCCAGGCAAAACCCCGUCGUCGUUAUCAGGAGGGUGGCCAAACGUCAGUUCGGCUGUGGUGCGCAACUCACGACCUAACAUUAGUAGCGCUGGGGAGCACGCAGUCGAUUCUUGAACAGCCGACCUACAUGCCAUAAGAAUAAACGGUAAGUGGGUGUCCCAAUCUCUCUGGUGUUUUGAGGUAACGAUGGCCAGCUGUUGUGCUAAUGUUCUGUUAAAUCUUUCCACCAGCCCAUCACUCUGGGGUGAAGCGGAGUAGUUCACGUCUUCUCCGCGCCUAACCGUCUACACAACUCUGAGAAUACCCGUGACUCAAAGUUUCUCCCCUGGUCGCUGUGUAUAGACUGUGGCACCCCAAACUGACUGAUUAUUCCCCCUACCAACGCAUCAGCUACUGUUUCUGCCUCCUGGUCUGGGAGAGCGUAAGCCUCUGGCCACUUGGUGAAGUAGUCCAUAGCAGUUAGAAUCCACCUGUUACCGCUGUCUGUGGUUGGAAACGGCCCCAUUAUGUCUACCCCCAGUCUCACCAUGGGCUCCCCUACUGGGAAUUGUUGUAGGAGGGUGUGUGACUGACCUGGAGGUCCUUUCUUAGCAGCACACUCGUCGCACUGCCUACAAAAGUCCUCCACAUCCCUCCUGUGCCUGGCCCAAUAGAAGCCUUUACGUACGCGCUUUAACGUUUUGGAGACCCCAAAAUGCCCUGCGCCUACUCCCCCGUGAAGCUGCUGUAACACGCUCCCUUGCAGCCUUUUGGGCACCACUACCUGCCACGUAAUUUCACCAGUAGCUGGCUUUUUCCACCCCCUAUGGAGCACUCCCUCAGCCACUCUAAGGACUGUGAAUUUAGCCCACAGUCCUUUGGUGACUGGUGAUAGAGGGGCUACUUCCCCCCACGGCGGUCGUCUUCUCUCUUCCACCCACCCCAGCACAGGACGCAGCUCUGCGUCCUCCUCCUGGCGACGCCUCCAGAGAAGCCACUGCAGGGCGGAGUGAUCCGUCCGGACCACAAUCGGCAGGCCCCCCAGGUAGUACUUGAAAUGGCGUACUGCUGCCACGACAGCCAAAAGCUCUCUCCUUGUCACGCAGUAGCGUUUUUCAGCCUUAUCAAAAGUUCUGCUGUAAUAAGCUACUACGUGCUCCCCGUCAGAACCACGCUGAGACAGCACAGCCCCCAAGCCCUCAUUGCUUGUGUUGGUGUCCAGGAUAAACGGACGUUCGGGUCUGGUGAGGCCAGGACAGGGGCCUCCACCAGGGCACGUUUAAGGGCCUCAAACGCCCGCUGGUGCUCUUCGGUCCACUGAAAAACAGUGUCCUCCUUGAGAAGGUGGUUCAAAGGGGCUGCUACCCCCGCAAACCCCUUCACAAACCUACGAUAGUAGGAUGCCAGACCCAGGAAGCUCUUAACCUCUUUUUCUCUCCCUGGAACUGGCCACCCCCUCACAGCCUCCACUUUGUCUGGCAUCGUGCUGAUGCCCUGAUGACCCAGGAACGCCACCUCCCUUUGCAUGAAAUGGCACUUUUCCGGGUGUAACUUUAGCCCCGCCCCCGAAAUCCUCUCCAACACUCGCCUAAGUGCCCCCAGUGCCCCCUCAAACGAUGUGCCGUGCACCAAUAUGUCGUCUAGGUACACGACACACUCGUCUCUCGGAACCCCCGCCAGCACUCUGUCCAUGAGCCUCUCAAAGGUGGCAGGAGCAUUACAGAGCCCGAAGCACAGCACCUUGAACUGCCAAUGGCCCCUAUCCCAGGCGAGAGGGGCACCUGCCAGUAGCCACUGCGCAGAUCAAGUGAGGAGAACCACGAGGACCCUCUGACGUGGUCUAGCGACUCAUCGAUCCUCGGUAGGGGGUAAGAGUCUUUAGUGGUGACAGAAUUUAGGCCCCUGUAGUCAGCACAAAACCUAAGUUUACCCCCUUUCUUAGGCACCAUGACGACCGGCACGGACCAUGGGCUAUCUGAUGGCUCAAUGAAAUCAGCCCGCAACAUGUCAGCAAUAGCUGUGUCUGCUGCUUCCCUCUUGGCAAGGGGAAUACGACGGGCCGAAUUUUAAUGGUUGGGUGUCCCCAGUGUCGAUGUCGUGCUGAACCAGGUGCGUUUGCCCUACCUCAUCUUCCCCCCAAGCGACGCUAUCUUUAAAGUCAAACAGCAGCUGCUUUAACUGUCUCUGUUGUCUCUCAUCCAGACCUUGACAGUUUUUCAGCCACACAGCCUCAACGGCGUCGAUAACUUCCUCCUUCCCCCCCGUCGGGCUGAUGGGGUGAAGGAGCCAGUGUGUUUUGGGCUACUGGGCUGCCUGUGCUUGCACCAUUAUGGGCAGUGAAGGUUGUUGCCGCCGGAGACAGCUGCUGGGAUGGCACAACGAUCAAGGGAGCAGCCGGGACGGCCAGUGGAGUUUCGGCAAGCUUGGAGGAAGACUGAGGGACAGCCCUGCCCCCUGCUGGCCCUCCCAAAGGCGACAUUCCCACUGUGGGCCCCCCCGACAGCCUCAAAGUGCCCUAAGCUAGGUCCAACUGAGCCCCACAGUUUUUCAAAAAGUCCAUUCCCAGUAUACAGGGGUCCUGUACCACUGCUACCCACACCGGACACCCCACAGUUCUCCCCCCCCCCCCCCCACAGUCACAGACAGCUGACACUUCCCUAACAUGGGGGCUAGCUCCCCCAUGACAGUCCGUAGCUAGACAAGGGUCGGCUCCACCCGCACCCCAACAGGUAGUAUGUCUAGUCUCACCAGGGUUACUGUAGAGCCCGUGUCGACCAGGGCCAAACAUUCCACCCCCCCUACCUUGACGAUGACAUUGCAGAAGUCCCCAAUGGUGGUACGUCCCACCACAACUACCGGACUAGGAAACACGGCGGCAGCUACACCCUGGGGAAGCAGGUCCCCACCCUCUUGCCUGCGCUGCUGGGUACCUCUUCUGCUUACUGUGGGUUCGGUGGCGGGGGGGUGGGCUGCGCUGCCCCCUGCGCGAGAACCCGCUGUUGUUUCCCUGGUGACGGGAGAAUCUGCCACACUCCCGCUGAAUGUGGCCAGGCUGGCCACAACCCCAGCAGACAAUGGGAGUUGAGCUGACACUGUGAUGUUGCCUGGAGCCCCUCUCAAUGACAAGCAAAGCGGACUUGACUGACCCGCCCAACUCGUCGACCCACUCUGGUUUGGUGACCCCCGGCUGCCGCUGCUCUCACCUCUGGUUGAUUGGCAACCUCCACUCCCUCACCCCAGAUCAGCUCCCUCUUCCUGGCUAUCUCCACUGCAGCCCGCAGAGAUGGUGGGUCCGACAUCUGAACAUGCUUACCCAGUUCGGUGGAAGAGAGCGCUCUAAUAAAACUGUCCCGUGCCAGCUCGUCUUGCACCCCAGUCGGCAUAGUUGCGUAAGCCCGCCUGGUCAGGCUCAGAAUACCACUUGCCAACGCCUUUAAUGAUUCCCCCUGAAGUCUCUUUUUGUUACUCAGUUCAAUCCGCAGCAUGUUGGGCUGCGCAUCGCUGCCGAAACGGCCCCCCAAUGCCUCCACUAGCGCACCGUAGUCGCCCCUCUUGUCCGGGGCUAGCGUUAGCAGGCAUUCCAACGCCUCCUCUGCCAGGCUCAGGGCAAGCUGUAACGCUUUCGUCUCAUCAGACCACCUCCCGGCUCUAGCCAACAACUCGAAUUGAGUGAAAAAAACUUCCCAUUUACCUUGUCCAUUGAACUCUGGAAGUUUAGCCGCUACCGUGGCCAAUGGCAAUAGGGCGCUGCCAUCUCUGUUUACAUAAGCAGGCCCAGCCAUUUCCGCACGCGGUGACGUCGACAUCCCCGUCGCCGUGACAUCUGUUCUGGUCGAGCGGUGUGAAGGAAAACCCGCCAGUUCUGCCAUCUUGCUGACUGACAAUUUAACUUCCGCCAUGUGGCUCUCCAGCUCUUCUACAGCAGUCGUCGCCUGACCCUCCCGACCGGGUACCCCCGAGCCCACAACGGACACUUUGUCCGACUCUUCCUUAAUCUUCCGCCUCGCCCCGAGCAUCAUGACCGUAGAUGCGAGUUACGCUAAAGCCAACCACGGCCUAUACUGAAACGGCUAACUCGCCUAAUCUCGAUCUAUCCCGUAGUUCGAAAGCACUUCUGACACCAAUGUAAUGACCCAGCUGGGUCAUAAAGGAAAAGAAAGAUGGGCACCAGGUGUACAGGCAGAACACAGGUUUAUUCCUAAAUGGGCUAUUGUUCAGGCCACACCCCACGCCGCUAAAUCCCGAACGUACACAAAUAUAAAAUGUCAAGUUAAGGGUCCCGAACAGAAGAGAGAGAGAUGAGACAGUAACCCCUAUUUAUGCAUUUCAAAACCCUGCGGGAUUACCCAUUAUACCCCCCCAACCUUUCCAUCUGUCCUGGCAUAUUUAACCCCUGCUAGCACCCAUGAGAACAAUAACACACCCACGAACACAGAACACAAUACCAGGUCGUUACUAUAUAUAUAUAUAUAUAUAUAUAUAUAUAUAUCCCUUUGUCACCUUACAAAAUUAUCCAUGGGUACUGAUGGUGGCUGCUUAUCCUUGGAAGUGAUUGAGACCAUCUUAGUGAGAGUUGCUGGCCAUUAUAUCUCAACAAUACCAUCCAUCCAGUGUCCAGCCCUUCCAUCUAUUUCAGAACAAAAGCAAUACUGUCUGCACGGCGGCAUAGCCUCAGACUAGAUGAGCAACCCCACUGGCUAAUUCCACCAGGCGGUUACUCCAUCCAUGCCUCUGUACUCUGUUUGAAGUACUUCACUCCAGACUCAAACUUGCAGAAUGACAAAAGCCUUUGAGUCCAAACUGAAGAUCAAGGUUUCCCCACAAUAAAACACCCCAUAAUGUUGAAUAAUGCUAUUCUCGCUGGUGUGCAUUGGUUCCUAAGUCCUCUUUCUUACUAAUCCCCGGCAGUGAACAAUCCCAUCCCAUAGAGAGAGCAGCGAAAGACAAACACCCAGCAGUGUGGACAAUCAAACCAUUCACAUUUGCGAAUUGUGCUUUUCUCCUUUUUUUUCUCACUGUAAAGGAGAGAACAGUGCACAGGCACACACACAAUGUUGAUAAACUGAACAAAUAAUGCAGCCUUGGAGCUGUUGUCUGUCAUGCCAAGGCUGAACUCCCCCGGUGUGCCGUUUUAAUUUGCCUGGCGCAGAUGGUGCUCUGACAGGGCACCUUAUUCGGAGUGAAAACUAUCAACUGGCAUCGAGAGCGGGCCUUUCGCUUUCAAUCUGGGCUGGCACCCUCCAGUAUGCUAACAUUAUGGCCGGCAUAUUAGCGAAAUGUCCACGUCAAUAGCAGCGUGCUGUACACAAGGCCUCAAGGACAUCCACUGUCAGAGAAUUAGGAAGACACUUAUGAUGGUUGUUGUGAAGAUGACAAUGCUUUCAUCUGCCAGGUCUCUCACAGUACAGAUCCACAGACUCAGACCCCACAUACCUCCACAGUACCAGUACAGAUCCUAAUUGAAUAUGUUGCCAUUGUCACAUUUUCCAUAGACCAUUCCCUGUGUAGGUUAGACGGUAACUACCUGUAAAACAGUUUAGUGACGCAGAGAACCGAAAGUUGCUGUAAAUCAUUACCUCAGCUACUGGUAUCUAUUUCAACUCAUCUGUCAAACCACUUAGUAAAGAAGAUCAGACUUGGAAGGUAACUGUAUAACAGAGUUUGUAUGUGCUGGAAGAGUCAUUCAUGCACCAGCUGGUCGCGUCCACAACAACAGGGUUUUGCUGUGUAGAACGUGCUGCAGUGCCGGGGGUAAGAGAUUCCUUACUGGUUUGGUAACAAAGGCAGCAGGUUUGGAAAUCUAAGGCCGAUACUGCAGCCAAAUCAUGACCAUAUUGGGCCUGAGCGUAUUCCUCCAAUGACUCGUAAUUGCUGAAACUCCUGAAUGUUUUAUCUAUUAAGGUCAUUAAACAGUGGGAAAAACUUGCAGCUAUGGAGGAGUGCUUUACUUAUUGUAACGUAUAGGCUACCUACUUUAUUUAUUGCAGUCAUGGGUUAAGUUGAAUUCUCUUCAAUGCACUCUUUAUGUUAAUGUCCUCACUGUCAUCAAGACUUUAUGCACAACAGCUUAACAGUAAUUAUGACAGUGAUAUUUUUUUCAUGCUGGAUUUAGGUAUUUUUUUCUCCAAGGUACUAAGAAUCCUUCCCUUGUCAUAAAACAACAUAUUUAGGUAUUUUUGUGUGCUGCAUUUUCCAUUUCACUAACGGGUUACUUUGUUACCCCUCCCCCACCUGCACAACAACAGGGAAGACCACACCCACAACAACCGCCAGCACAACCAAUCAGGUGGCCCCAUUCCCAAAGGUGGCAGGUGACUCUGAAAGAGGUACAGGUCCUGAUGGCGGUCCUCCAGUCCCAGUUGGGGACCAGGGGUCACCUGACUCGGAACCAAUCAGUGUGGAGAUGGAGGGUAAGGGGGUGGGGUGUCUGUGUCUGCUGAACUUUGACCUGCACUGGAUUGCAUUUAUGGGCCCUGCAGCUUAA